CGAGUCAAGUACCAGGUAUACAUUCCCGGUAAUGUAUGUUGCACAAUAAAGUUAUGACAUGAUAUAAUAUAAAAUAUAAACUUUCAAGUCCGAUUAAGACAAAAACUUGAACACGACAUUUUAAAAUGCUAUUCCAACUGUUGUUUUUCAGUGGAUCAAUUUUCCUAAUUGAAGGACAAAGCAUAAUCAUCAGUUUAGCCGGUAAUGGGUCUACUUCGCACCAAGGUCGUGUGGAAAUUACAAGAAACAACAUCACAGGAACUGUAUGUAAAGAUAAAUUCAAUGAUAAUGCAGCAACAGUUGUGUGCAGACAACUAGGUUUUCCAGGUGAUGGAACAGCUAUAAAUGAUACAAACAGGUUUGGAGCAGGUACUGGACCUAUAUGGCUAGACGAUGUUACUUGCGCAGGAAAUGAACGAAAUAUUGAACAAUGCACAUUUCGAAGUUGGAACCAGUCAGAUUGUACACACAACGAUGACGUGGGUGUGAUCUGUAGUGAUACAUCUCCAACCUCGACUCCUACUACUAGAGCACCUAUAAUUGUACAACCAUCAAACUGUAAUCCACAAGUCGGAAAUCUUAACACACGUCUAAUCGGACCAGACAAUUUAAUCGGAGUAGGAUUUGUAGAGAUACUGAGAAACGGUCAAUGGGGAUCGAUAUGUGACGAUCUCUGGGGAAAACAAGAUGCUCGGGUUAUAUGCCAUAUGUUAUGCUUUGAUCCUGCCAUUGCUCAAGCAGGUGCACCUAUAGAUAUUGAUCAUGGUAAAGUUAACGUAAGCGAAAGAUUUCAUCUCGAUGAUGUAGAAUGUAUCGGUAAUGAAACUGACAUCGACCAGUGCAAAAACUCUAGUUUAGGAAAUCACAACUGCGACGUCGCACAACAGGAGUAUGCCAGCGUUACUUGUAUAAAACUUCAGGAUACACGACUAGCCGCACCGAUUCCCGAUUUGUAUUGUGCAGAUGGAAAAUUCAAUAUUCAAUUUAGUCGUAUACAAGACCCUUAUCUGAAAGAGGAACAUUUGUCCAUCUUUUCUUCUUAUAUCGGACCUUGCAAUAUGAAAAUGAAAAAUUCUACUAAUUUUAUAACAGUAACCAUACCGUAUACAGAUUGUGGAACAAAAGUUAUACUGAAUGUCACUGAAAUUAUUUAUCUCAACACUAUAAAGUAUGACUACACACUGGUUCAGGACGAGGUUGGAGGACAGAUUGUCCGUGUAAACACAUACAAAGUCGAGGUUUGUUGCAUUUUCCCACGUGAUCUUGAAAUAAACAAAGGAUUUACUCUCCUUCCAGAGAGCAUUAAGAAGAAAGCACCUGGAAAUUUCAGUAUAAUAAUGACAUUCUACAAUGAUUCGUUUAUCACUUCUUUAAAUGAACCAGUGGAAUUAAUAUUAGGUCAAUGGUUAAAUGUUGCACUGAAACUGGAAGAUACUGAGGGCCAUCCCGAUCUUAAACUUAUAGUACCAAACUGUACAGCAAGACCGACCGACGACCCAGAUGACCCAGUUUAUUUUAAGUUAUUUAGCGAAAAGUGUGCUGAAGAUCCAACUCUUGGAUUCUUUCCUUUGAAUUCCACUACGUUUGGAUUCCGCUAUCAGACAUUUAAAUUUUAUAUGUCCAAAAAUGUUUAUAUUCAUUGUAACGCUUGGGUAUGUCUAACGACAGAGAAGAACCACGACUGUGAUCGAACCUGUAACUUGACAACCUCUACCGGUAGGAGAAAGCGAGAUGUUUCAUCCAGAGAUGUGUACCAGUUGAUGAGUCAGCCACUGAAAUUUAAGCAACUUGGAGAUAACUCACUGAUAGAUCGAGGAGGUGGAUGGCAGGUCGAUUUAGCUACAACACAACGACCAUCUACGUUAAGUGCCACCUCCACCAUGAAUAUGCGUUCGACAAAACCAUCAACACCUUUAUCAACAGUAAACCCAACUGGAACAACUAGUAAAUAUAUAAAAGUUAUAGAUGUCGGAUCAUCGACACCAGAUGCUUUUUCUGUAACAGAAUCAGCGACGAUGAAAAGGACAUCAACACCAUCCCAACCAACUAAAUCACAAACUAAAGUCCAGAUACCGACCACAACAAAACAAAUGGUGUCUGGAUCACCAACAACUUGGAAUGGUUUGACCUCUACAAUAGUAAAACCAAAUAUUUCACACCAUGUUAAAACGAAAACUUCAACUUCUUCUCCGUCUAAUAAUUCAUUCAAGAUGCACAAUUCUACCAUAAAACUGCAAACAACUUCAACAACUAAACCAAUGGUUUCUGGUUUACCAACAUCUCGGAAUGGUUUCAACUUAACAACCGAAAAGCAGACAUUUCAAAACAAUGAUAAAACAAAAACGUCAACACUUUCCCCGCCAAAUAGGCCAAUCAAGAGUGACAAUUCCGCUGUAACAACGCAGGUUAAACUAAUGACUGAAAAUAUCAAGAAUGUUCCUGAACCUAACAAACUUUAUUACGGCGGUUUUGGUGGAAAGUUUACUAUUUUGUCUGAAGCUUCAAGGCCGCAUGUGUCUACUUAUGCUGUGAUAUUCUCGAUGGUAUGCGGGUUAUUUUUAGUAUUGCGUUAAGUGUGAUGAUGAAAACAUGUUAGACGUAUUUGUUAAUUAAUUUUUAUGUGAAUAUGAGGUUACUCUUAUGGUUGAACAAUAAUUAUUAGACAUGUCCUUUUUUGUGAGCAACUUAGUUAAUUCAUGUUUGUAUGAUACCAGGUAUUACAACAUUAUCUUAUUAAUACCAAAGGGAAUGAAAUCAACUUUCAGAUUUUGGCUUCGUAAAAGACUGAAGAGUCUUUCAGGUAUUUGGAAACCUAUCUCAUAAUGUAUCAUUAGUUCAUCUUCGUAGAGGACUGUAUUUUUUAUCGUUUACACUUAAUAUUAUCCUUAUUUGCAAAAGGUUAUCAAAGUAUAUAUUCUUCUUGUCUUGAAAUGUUUUAAAUUUAUUUUAAAGCACACUUAGUGUAAAAAUGUUUCUUUACUUUAUUGAAUAUGUAUCUUUUUUUUAUUUUAUCUUUAAGUGAAAAUGAAUCUGACUGGAAACUAAUAAUUUAGUAAAUUAACUAAUUAGAUUAGCUUUAUCAUAAUAUCAUAAAAUAACAGAACAAACCGACUAACUUAUUGGGGUUUUUAACGACCUUGACUGGAUAAAAAGCCCUCGCACGGUCGGUAAAUCAAACCCAGGGUGGUUUUUUACUACCUUGACUACCCAUUAGGGUCAGAACAAAAUCGGUCUAUAUCUUUAAUAAAAUAUACACAUUUUAAGAAAGGUAUGUGAUUCAUUUGUAAUGCUUUUUCUUUAAAUGGAGAAAAUUACCUGUUUCAUCUUAUCAUUAAAAAGAACAUUUUUUUUAAAUACAGAAUUUUUGUAUGAUUCAAUUUUUUUCAAUUUUGCCAAAUAAGGGGAAACAACUCAGAUAACCUUACUUUUACUACCAAAAAGGUUUGAUAAAUUACACCACUUUCCGCAAAAUAUAUUUUUGUAUAUUUUUAGUAUAUUGUUCAUAGAGAGUAACAGACUUUUUUUUAGAGAAACACUUUGUGCUGCAAUUAGUUACAGGUUGUUCGACAAAUUGACUAGAAUAUGAAACUCAGUAAAAGAGGAACUAUUCAAAUUAUUUGUGUUUAAAUCGAUUAUACCUUUAACGUUAAAAUCCAAAAUUAUUAGCAUCCGAUUUUUAAACUAUUCUAUACAGAAAAAACGGAUCAAUAUUGUAUAACUUCAAUUAUUAUAUCAGUAGACUAUGGUACGAUUUCUCAAGGAUUUAUUUCUGCUGCUAGACACCAAUGUAUGAUGUUAUUUGCCAAAUUUCUUUAAAACCGAAUCAUUGUUCAGGUGUUUUAAAUAACGUUAUCUUUCGGAAAAAUCAAAGAUGAUAAGAAAAAAAGAAUCAAUUUACAGCUUAAAAAUAUAUUGUCAUUAAUUCAAAUUUUGUGAAAUUUGAUAUAUACCCAUCAAUUAUGCCACCCUAUAAUUUAGUACGCCAGACGCGUGUAAAAAUAAGUCAAAUGAAUUGAAUUCGAGUAAGACUUGCUAAAAAGAUUUGCAACAUGACAAAUCACUAGUUAUUAAGCAACGUUCAGUCCGUUCGUAGUUUUAUGACUGAUCCACAGCUGUAAAUUUAGUACUAUUUACUAAACACUUCGCAUGCAGUUUACUAAGAUUUUUUUAGUCUACUUUAGGACUGCACAGUAGUUGUCAUUUAACUGUAAUACCGAAUUGUCUGCAAAGCUUCUGAACAGAAAGCAAACGACAGCAGGCGAAAUGACUGACCAAAUUAAAAAAAACAAAAUAUGAA